CUGACACCUUAGAACGAUGAUAAAUUAUUUUCAUUUUUAUGAGAUUGCUUCAUUAUCGACAGUUGUUAUGUGCACAUUACAGUACAGUUUGUUCAUAACACUUUCAGUCAUUUUCAUGGAUGGCCCCACUUUGGCGGUUUUUUAAUAAAGUAGCAAAUUGUACUCGUAGAGUAGUUUCUUGUCCAACACAGUUGUUUUUUGCCAUUGAAUUUGAAGUCAGUGCAAGUUUAUUAAUAAAUAAACCUUAAAAAAUAUUUUAUACGUCAAGUAUUAAAGCAAUCUAUUAUAAUAAACAUUGAUAAGCAGCGAUAUUAGGAAAUUCAUGUCCUUUAUUAAUGAGCAAAUAGUAUGUGACAUUUUUUUGUAAUAGUACUAUUAUAUUUUCAAUGUUCUCAAGAAAACAACAGUUGAUUGAUCGCACAGGAAAGGAUGGAGUUGGACGAUAUGACUUUUUAAGACUUCUUGUGGUUGAAUUCAACACGACCAAAUCCCAAGAAGCAAAGGAGCAGGUCCUGGCGAAUCUUGCAAACUUUGCAUAUGACCCUGUCAAUUACGAGUAUAUCCGACAACUGCAUAUCAUUGACCUUUUCUUUGCUGUUAUCACAGAAAAUAAUAUCACUCUUAUUAGAUUUGCUAUUGGUGGAAUUUGCAACUUGUGCUUAGAUCCAGAAAAUAAGGCUUACAUUAUACGUAACAAUGGGGUUGCAUCAAUUUUAACUUUAUUGUCAAGUUCUGACGAAGAAACAGUUCUUUCUACAAUCACAACAUUAAUUUUUUUGAUAACUCCGGCUUCAAAAUCUGAAAUAACUUCAAAGAAUGUUAUUGAAUGUAUGACACGAAUUUCUGAAUCAGCAGGAAGCACACGACUCCGAAAUUUAGCAACAGUUUUUCUAAACGAUUACUGCAAAGAAAACGAACUUAGUGAAAGUACUGAGAAAGCACAUAUAAUAACAUAAAUAAUAAUCAAACAGAAUCUUAAUCGGUUGAAAUAAAAUGUUACGCAUAUUCACAAAUCAGGUCAAGAACUUUUGCACAAAAGUUCCAUUAGAAAAAAAUUCAGCUGAAGCAUGGAAGAAUUUUCAAAUGGGUUCAAAAGUAACUGUUACUAAGACAAUAACUGAUGAAGACAUUUUAAAUUUUGCAAAUUUAACCGGCGACUUCAAUCCUAUUCAUACAAAUUCUCCAAAAAUUGUACAUGGAGCCUUUUUAAAUGGUUUAGUUUCUGGAGUGAUUGGAAGCCAUCUUCCUGGGCCUGGAACUAUGGUGGUUCAACAAAUCAUACGAUAUCCUACAGCCUGUUAUGCUGGAGAUACAAUAGA